UCCGCUCCCGCUCUCGCUGGUUCUGCCCUGACCUGGUGGUGAGGCGUGCCCGGGAUGGCGGAGGGAGGCGAUCGUGGGGGACAGCAGGCGGCCUGCGGGCACGACAGCUACCGCUCGCCGCUUGCCUCCCGUUACGCCAGCCCGGAGAUGUGCUUCGUGUUUAGCGACAGGUACAAAUUCCGGACAUGGCGGCAGCUCUGGCUGUGGCUGGCGGAGGCCGAGCAGACGUUGGGUUUGCCUAUCACAGAUGAACAAAUCCAGGAGAUGAAAUCAAACCUGGACAACAUCGACUUCAAGAUGGCAGCUGAGGAAGAGAAACAGUUACGACAUGAUGUGAUGGCUCACGUGCACACGUUUGGCCACUGCUGCCCAAAAGCUGCUGCUAUAAUUCACCUUGGAGCCACCUCCUGCUAUGUUGGAGAUAAUACAGACCUGAUUAUUCUCAGAAAUGCAUUUGACCUGCUUUUGCCAAAGCUUGCCAGAGUGAUCUCUCGGCUUGCUGACUUUGCUAAGGAACGAGCCAGCCUUCCUACCUUAGGUUUCACACAUUUCCAGCCUGCUCAGCUGACCACAGUUGGGAAACGUUGCUGUCUCUGGAUUCAGGAUCUUUGCAUGGACCUCCAGAAUUUGAAGCGUGUCCGAGAUGACCUGCGCUUCCGGGGAGUGAAAGGCACCACAGGCACUCAGGCCAGCUUCCUGCAGCUCUUCGAGGGAGAUGACCAGAAGGUAGAGCAGCUUGACAAGAUAGUGACAGAAAAGGCAGGAUUUAAAAGGGCUUUCAUCAUCACAGGGCAGACCUAUACACGAAAAGUGGAUAUUGAGGUGCUGUCUGUGCUGGCUAGCUUGGGGGCAUCCGUGCACAAGAUUUGUACCGACAUACGACUCCUGGCAAACCUCAAGGAGAUGGAGGAACCCUUUGAAAAACAGCAGAUUGGCUCAAGUGCGAUGCCAUACAAGCGGAACCCUAUGCGCUCCGAGCGCUGCUGUAGCCUUGCCCGUCACCUCAUGACCCUCAUCGUCGACCCGCUGCAGACGGCAUCUGUGCAGUGGUUCGAGCGCACGCUGGAUGAUAGUGCCAAUCGACGUAUCUGUUUGGCCGAGGCAUUUCUCACCGCAGAUACUAUAUUGAAUACGCUGCAGAACAUUUCUGAAGGAUUGGUGGUGUACCCCAAAGUAAUUGAACGGCGCAUUCGGCAAGAGUUGCCUUUCAUGGCCACAGAGAACAUCAUCAUGGCCAUGGUGAAAGCUGGGGGUAACCGCCAGGAUUGCCAUGAGAAAAUUAGAGUGCUUUCCCAGCAGGCAGCUGCUGUGGUCAAACAGGAAGGAGGUGACAAUGACCUCAUAGAGCGAAUCCAGGCUGAUGCCUACUUCAGUCCCAUUCACUCCCAGUUGGACCGUCUGCUGGAUCCUUCUUCUUUUACAGGUCGUGCCUCUCAACAGGUGCAGAGAUUCUUGGAAGAGGAAGUAUAUCCCCUGCUGAAACCAUAUGAAAGUGUAAUGAAGGUGAAAGCAGAACUGUGUCUGUAGCGUUGGAAAAGAAUUAAACAAGAAGUCGUUGGCUUUGUCAACUUUUAUUGCCAAGUCAUGGAAGCCAUUAGUUUAGUGCCUUAUUUUACCUUAGGACGUAUUACCUGAAAUUGAUACAGCACUUUCUUGUUGGUGUGGCGCUUUCACAUUUCUCAGCAUUUACGAUGCAGGAAUAAAUUACGUUGAAUUGGA